CAUACGCAAGCAUCCAAGAUGGCGGAGACUUCAGUCGCUGUUACUGGUUCGGGAAGCAGUGGACCGGUAACAUGUAGCCAUUGGUUAACUGGGGUGGGCCGGGUGCACGAUAAACCCUCAUGACAUCCUGGGACCCCACCGUUAAUACUAGUGUAGCCUGGGGUGGAAAUUGUACGACUUUUAGGUUCGGUGCCCUAGAAAUGCAUGGGGGUCUCGGUCACGUGGCAGGAAGUCUGUACCCGAUUGGCUGAGACCGACCCCCAUCACAGUUUAUGGGGUGAAAAUCUAACCUGGGAGAAAUGUGAAUUGAAACCAAUAAUAGUGCAUAUAUAGGGUUACUGGAUAUUAUGUAUGUAAUCUCCAUUCCAUAAACACGCUACUUUGGCCACUUUAUAGACAUGUGCUGCUUCUAAAGGGCCUUUUGUAAAUACAUUUGUCAUGUUAGUCUAUGGCAAGAAAACAAAUAUAUACCAUGCACUCAGAUCCUUUAAUCAGUCAGUUGUGUGAAUUGCUUAGAUUAUUAGAUUUGAGCACCAUUCCAAUAAAUCACUUUGAAAAAUACAUGCACUACAGGGUUUGCUUUAUUGGUAAUAUAUUUUUAUUUUAUUAAAUGUGUGUGUUUAAGAUAUGUGAAUGGGUUCAUAAGUAUUAAAACUCUGUUCCCAUGUGCCUAAUGUCUAUUCUGUGCAUAAAUGUAUUUCUGUUGUCAGAAAGCAUUACAUACAGACGUAGAAGUCUUCCCCUCGCAGAGCUCCUGCAAGGCGGAGAUAGGUCUCCCCAACCACCCUCCAUCCCACUAAGUGAACCCUCCCACUUCCCUCUGUGCAUGUUAGUGGCUUUUUUUUUGGUACAAAACUUCUCUUCCAACUACCCACUCCCUGCCCAUGUAUGUAUGUGCUCCGUGCUGGCAAUUGGUCCAAUCUCAGGAUUCUGUAUGAGAAGCCUGUGAUUGGACUGUGCGCGCCCCCACUGAUGUCAAAAGCUGGAGCUGGAUUAAAAGUGAGUAAAACAUUUUUAUUUCAGGUUUUUACUGCACAUUGAGAGAGGCGGCCUUCCCCAUAUUACCCAGCAGGACAUAUAAUGCCGGAAAGGUGCCCCCUCUCAAAUGGGUUAUAGUAACCCUUGAAAGGGAUGCUCAUAGCAGAAAGUCAGUGUCCCUGCACACUGUUGUGUAUAACUGCAACAGUUUGAAAUAAUGUUGCAGCUGUGAGACUGACCCCUCAACAUUUGAUAUUAGUGGGAGAAUUUAUACUUUUUUCAUCCAAAUUGUUUGUACAGUGUGCGCUUGUGUGUUAGUGGACAGCAUCUCAGAAGCACUGUGCAUUGGCCCAUUCACAAAACUGUGUACAGUGCAGCAUGGCUGCUAUUAGCUUGUUUUAUGCCCUGUGUGAAUAUGCUAUAUACUUAUGACAAGGGCAAUAGGAAAGAGAUAAGAAUAAGGGGAAGAGUAUGAGAGAAGGGUGAGGGUAGGGAAGGUCCAGAAAAGUUAACUUUGGAGGAGAGGAGAUUAACUGGCAGUUGGAAUGAAGGUCCCCUGAAUCCCUCCCAGCGGUAAUAAAUAGGGAACAAAGUAGGAUGAUAGAAUAACCCCACAAGGAAUAUUUGCUCAAAAUGUACAAAAAAUGUGAGGUAAGCAUUGCUGUUACUACAGAUCAGCAAUAAUAAGACAUAGAGGCAAAAUUGAGAGUAAUGUGGCUAAGGAAUUGUGGGAGAUAGAAGUGUAAUUGUGCCAUGGUAGAAGUAGGUCAUUAUAGAGAAAAAGGAACUUCAUAAGGAUCCAUCAACAGCAUUAGGCCCAAGCAUUGUAGCCUGAUGUGUCCCUUUAAACAUUUUGUGUCUCUCUGUACUAUUCUAAUACCUGUUUUACAAUAUAUAAAAUAGAUACAAAUACACCUGUGUGCAGGUAGAAAACACACUUAGUGGGUAAUAGGUAAGAACACACAACAAUUACCCUUAAUCAAUAGUGAAGUAGAUGAAAGGACUCCUCAUAUGUCCUCAAAACAAUAUUGAUAUACUACCAGAAGGCAAUCUACAACACAAAAAUAAUAGAGACAGACAUAGAGCAGUAACGCAAUAUAAUGGGGAUUAUAGAGGUAAAUAAUUACACUCACAGACCCAAUUUGAUUGAAGGCAUAUCAUAAAUAACGAUGUGUAUACUUCAGGACUUGUGGAACGUCAAUACGAUGCAUAGGAGGAAGAAAAGAAAUAAUAGUGCAGAGUAUCUUAAGUAAAAAUGACACAAUUUAUUACAAGAUACACUUACAAAAAAGACAUAUCAAAAAGGCACAUCAAGCUCUGCUGGAACUACAACCCAAUCACAGGAUCGAAUGAGCAGGGAAGUCAAAUAAAAUAAACUUAAAAAUAUUUUUUAAAAAAAAUACUCCGCACAUAAAAAAAUUUGUUUUUUUUAAUAUUUUUAAGUUUAUUUUAUUUGGCUUCCCUGCUCAUUCGAUCCUGUGAUUGGGUUGUAGUUCCAGCAGAGCUUGAUGUGCCUUUUUGAUUCGUCUUUUUUGUAAGUGUAUCUUGUAAUAAAUUGUGUCGUUUUUACUUAAGAUACUCUGCACUAUUAUUUAUUUUCUUCCUCCUAUGCAUCGUAUUGACGUUCCACAAGUCCUGAAGUAUACACAUUGUUAUUUAUAAUAUGCCUUCAAUCAAAUUGGGUCUGUGAGUGUAAUUAUUUACCUCUAUAAUCCCCAUUAUAUUGCGUUACUGCUCUAUGUCCGUCUCUAUUAUUUUUGUGUUGUAGAUUGCCUUCUGGUAGUAUAUUAAUACCUGUUUUAAGUCAUAAUUACAUGUUUAUUAUAUGGUGUAUAUGUGAGUAUACAUAUAUAGAAAUAUAUUUUAUUGGUAAACAAGUAACAUUUUAAGCACUUGAGUACAAUUAUAAUUCAAUUUACAGUACUACUUUAUUUUUACAUUUGUUUUUAGAGGUCUGGCGUUCGCGGUGCCUCCACCCCUGCUGAUAACUAUCAACUAGCACGAAGACGCACUCUACAGGUUGUGGUUAGCUCUUUACUUACAGAGGCUGGCUUUGAGAGUGCAGAGAAAGCAGCUGUGGAGACUCUAACUGAGAUGUUACAGAGCUGUGAGUCAUGUUAUAAUAUAUUGCCUUAUUUAGUUUUGUUGGUCCACACAUUUCUGUUGUGUUAUUUUGCAGUGCAAAUAUAUGUGGUUACCUAAGUUGUUUGGCUCAAGCUGAUCUAGUCACUUGGGACAUAUGUAAUGCCACAAUAGUUUUUUCUUUAAAGGUUUCUCCAGCCAUCAUGACCUCUCUUGCUUUUAGAAGUAGUCAUGGUAAUAGGAGUCUGGAUGUGCAGUGUUUCUGCUUGCAACACUGCACAUACUGAGAUAUUGGCACUAGUGUUCAUGGGGCUAUUUAAACCAGCGCACAUGUGACUUUGGAAGACAGGAACUCCGGGCAUAUUUUAUGUCCAUCAUCAGUGUGCACUGCACACUGGCAAUGAACCCAUUGAGCUUCUUGCUUGUUGACUGCAGCCCUUCCAUCUCUCAAUAAGUCUAGGGUUUUUUAUUUAUUUAAAUUCUUCUACCUCCCUCUUUGGAUCUCCUCUCCAAUAUUGUCUAAAUCAAUAAAUCUCAAACAGAAUAAUAGGACAUGAUUUAAAUAAGGAGACUGUAAAUGUUGUAUUUUAGAAUCUUUGUUUUGUCAUCUGUCAGAUCUGUCGGAGAUUGGACGCAGUGCAAAGUCCUAUUAUGAACACACAGCAAGAACACAGCCCACACUGCCAGACGUUGUAGUGACUCUCAUAGAAAUGGGUGAGUCCUUGGAUAAGGAAUGAUGUACUGUUAGUUGACUGUGUAUGAGACAUGAGGGUAGCUUUUUCCUGUAGUAGUACCGUGACUAAGACAAAACAUUAUUCCCAGAAAGAAUAAAAAAAAUGACAUCAGGACAUUGUUGUUAUUGAAAGUUUGGUGGCUUUAGUUAUAUGCCUUUUAAAGAAAUUUCUCUGAGUGGUACAGCUCUGAAAGUUUAAAACAAACUGAAAAAAGUCUUUAUGGUGACAAAACCAAGCCAUUUAAAUUGAAUGUCUUUUUGUCAUGGAGGAAACGGAAGAGUGUAGUUAUAUUAUAUUCCUCUAUUAACUGAUUUAAAGCUGUAUUUAUUUUUUAACAAGAACGCACUAAACAGACAUCGCUCUAGUAAAUGCAAUGGUAAAUUUAAUCUGCAAUCAAUAUACAUUGAAUGGACAGAGUAAAAUAGUUCAUUGAUUGUCAUCUUAUUGUAUCUUUUUCUUGCUGUUCCUUAAUUCUUGUUUAUUUCAGGAUUUAAUGUGGACACACUACCUGCUUAUGCCAAGCGUUCACAGAGGAUGGUGAUAACUGCGCGUAUGUCCAAUUUGUUUAAUCAUGCAUAUAUAUUUUAUGACUGUCCAUGUUAGUUGUUAUACCAUGUGUGUUUUGUUUUAACGGAUUUGUAGAAUUAAUAAGUAAUCCGUUUAUGGGCACAUAUACAUAAUUAAGACAAAUCAUUUGCCCUCUGUCUGAUUUUCUGCAUUGUUGCACUUGUGACAUUUAAAGGCUUUUUCCAAGCACCAUGACCACUUGACUGAUUUGAUGUGGUCGUGGUUUUUGGAGUCUUUGUUUGCAUGUGUGCAGCAUUUCAGUUUAAAAUGCUGCACAUACAGAUAUGUAGCCCUUUGCUGCUGGAGGUGUAGCAUCACUAGGGUGACCAGAAGUCCACACGAUUUGCCGCCUAAGUCCUCUCCUUAACCUGUCCAUCUGGAAAUUUUUCCUCCUCCAACUAGUGAUGGGAUGUGAUGUCACAGAAGGAGGAUCGGACUGCAGGGAAAAUCGAUAUGUAUACAUAUAUGCUCCUGGCUGUAAAGCAAUAAUCUCUCCAAGAGCAUUGGGCAAGGUCAAUUUGCAAGUUAUAAUGAACCCAAUGCAAUAUCUAAGGAUCUUCUGACAUCUCUGUUUCAGCUGAGGUCAAAAUUCCUAAUUUUAACAGAAAGGCAUUGGGAUUCCUAGCAAGGUAGAAAGGGAAAGAUCACUGCUCAAAUAAGAACAUUAUCCCCUUAAGGACACAUUACGGAAAUAUUCCGUCAUGAUUCCCUUUUAUUCCAGAAGUUGUGUCCUUAAGGGGUUAAUAAUUCUCUUGAAGUUUUCAGACAGCACCUGGGCAGGCACUCAGUCACAAUUCAGGGAUUUUUGUAUGGUUUGCUCUGAGAACGUGAACAAUUUUCCUUGAUGAAUGAAUCAUGGCUUCUGGUUUGUGCUAGAGGACAUCAUUUCAUAAUCCCUGGCUAACCCCUAUGUGGAGAUGUGGCUGAUGCUGAAUUUACCUAUUAGUGCUAAAAAAACAGCCACAAAUUAGAACAGUGCAUAAAUUCCUCCACAGCACACACAUAGGUUUGAUUACAAAUUACAGGUAGCUGUUGGCCCAAGUAUCUAGCCUGUUUUUCAGUUAAAGUGAUUACUUUUUUCACGUGGACAUAUCAUAGCUUCCUUUUUAUAAAUAAGUGAAAAAAUUGUAAAAAUCCCACAAGAUUUUGUUUAAAGGUAACAUUUGAUGUAAAAAAUAUACAACAGUGCAAUAAAAAAAGACAGUUUGGCAAAUACCUUUUCAUGGCAGGUAUCUUACACAUAUUUGCAUUUACUGGUGUAGGAGUUGCCUAAAGGUAUUGCUCAAGCUUUUCACAACUUCCAUGCUGUUUAUUAAUUGUAUGUCUAGCUGAGCAUCAUUAUAGUUUUAGUUCAAGGACAGUAGAAAUCUUCCAUGUCGGCUGCAUCCUGUUUUAAUUUAAUGGUCAUGUUUGAGAAAUCCAGGGUACCAGGUCACCACAGUGAUACAGAAAUACGUUUUGUCUCCCUGACUAUUCCCAUGAUCAUCAAAUGAGUGGGAUGUCUCUGCGGACUGCAAUAACAGAGACAAUUCUGUGUCCCAUGUGUAAUUUAACAAUGCUGUAAAUAAGGAUGCAGGGAAAACCGAAACGGUUUGUUGUCACCGCAUUCAGAAAAGCAGGGUUGUUUGUAUUAUUUUUUUUUUUAAAUUUUUCCCUUCCCUACUGCUCUUGUUAAUGAUCUGUCUAGUAUAUUGCUACUGUGUGAACUCUGCUCACACCACAGCAGCAGUAGAAAAUGUUGCUUAUAUGUACCUUCUGCCUACCCAUAUCUCAAUCUGGAAUGCACAAUGUCAGUGAGUGAUGUUUGUGACACUAGCUGGUAUUGAUAGGCGGUGGUCAUGCUGUUCCAUGUGCAGUUGGAGAGGUUAACCAAAAAAAAAUAAACUUCUAAAUAUUUCUGCUUUGUAUAAAAUUUUUUGUCAACCCUUGAUUAAUAUCCAUAUUUACGUUUUGUGUAUUUGUGUCCCAGGACUGCUCAUUUCAAAUACUUUGCUGUGCAGAUAUACAUUAUCUGAUUGUGUAUGCUUACCUAAGUGGUUUGCUUCUGUGCUUUACAGCCCCUGUGACUAAUCAUCCAGUAGCGCCUAAAGCGCUGAGUGCAGGGCAAAACAAGCCUCAUCCUGCUCACAUUCCAGGUCACCUCCCAGAAUUUCCUGAUCCUCACACUUACAUCAAGACUCCGGUGAGAAAAUCAACUUAAAUGCUAAUCCGUUACCUCUGGGAAGCUAAGACAAAAGCAUAGCAAAAUAUGCUUCACAUUGCUAUGCUUGUAUUGGAGCGUUCCCAAAACUCACCAAUUAUUUUUCCCUUUUCUAUACAUAGACGUGCCGAGAGCCAGUGUGUGAUUACCAGGUGCUGCGUGAGAAGGCAGCAUCACAGCGUAGAGAUGUGGAGAGAGCACUUACUCGAUUUAUGGCUAAAACAGGGGAGACUCAGAGUCUUUUCAAGGAUGAUACCAGCACUUUCCCACGUGAGUGACGUUUACUUUCCAAAUAACAGAAAUAAUUUUUCAGUCUAUUUUCUUCAUUGUCAUUUCAACAAUAUCUCUAAUCAAUCCAUUUUUGGUUAAUUAUUUAUAUAUAUAUAUAUAUAUAUAUAUAUAUAUAUAUAUAUAUAUAUAUAUAUAUAUAUAUAUAUAUAUAUAUAUAUAUAUAUAUAUAUAUAUAUUGAUAACCAUAAUGUACCCUUAGGAGUUCUUUAGUUCUGCUUACUUGUCUGUUGCACACAGUAACCAUAAAUUAAGUACAUUUUAUCUUACAGUAAUGACUUUUGUUCUCAAUCAAGGAUUUUUAAAUUGCUCCUGGUAUGUACCACCUCUUUCUUUUUCUCUUUUAGUAAUUGCAGCCCGUCCUCUUUCCAUUCCAUAUCUGAAUGCCCUCUUGCCUUCGGAGCUGGAGCUGCAGCAGGUAGAAGAGACUGAUUCAUCAGAACAGGAUGACCAGACUGAUACAGAAAAUCUGUCUAUGCAUAUGCAAACGGUAAGAGAUCAGGUUCCAUUUUUUUUAGAAUAUAGUAGAUAUACCCUCAAUAAAACAUGCAAGUAUUCUUUCCUGCAUGUUUUCCUUGGGCUAUAAGAAAAUCUGUUUGCAAAAGCUCCAGACCUGUUGUCUGUACACUUUGCAAGACCUCCCCUCUUUCCCCGGGGAAUUUGCCACAUGCACGCAAUUGCUGCUUUCCUAUGUUUCUGAGUGAGCUGUAGAUCUGUGGAAUGAACAGGAAUGCUUUUCAGAUACAUUGUAUGAAACUGUUGAUUUCUGUUGAAAUUGACUUUUCUAAAGUGUCAUAAAUAUACAGACAAUGCAAGCUAAGUGCAUUUUGUGUCUGGAGUAUUCAUGUAACAAUGUUUCUUGUUAACAUAAACCACAUUCAUAGUUUGUUUUUCUUGUUUGGGCCCAAUAACGACAACAAAUAGAAAAGAGUCAGUGCCCACUAUUUCUUUGCUCUACUUACCAUACUCAUGAAUGUAUGAUGACUCUGUUACCACAGUCCAAUAAUUAAAAACACAACUAUGAGAGGAUGGUCCAGCACACCACAAUAAUGAAAAAAAAAAUACCACUCCAAAUAAGUGAGAUCCCAAAAUACUCUCAACCUACAUUAAAGGAAAUCUAAUGACCAUAACCACUACAACUUGCUUUAGGGCUCAUUGAACUAGGAGUGCUACCUUCUAGGUCAAACCAUUUGUGAACAGUGUAACAUUUUAUAUGGGGUCUGCCAGGCACUGCUCAUUACCUCUGCUUGCAAUAUACCACUGAAAAGUGAUCAGUUAACACUCUCACAUAAUGAGCUCAGGAGAACUAGUGGAAGUUUCUCCUUAAAACUUUCAUCUCUCCAACGAUAGAUGUGAAGACAAGGAGUGACUCCUGGUGGACCCCAGUUAAGACGUCAAACCAUUAUAAAACGCCAGGGCGCUUGUAGUGUUCCUUUAACCCCUUAAGGACACGUGACAUGUCAUGAUUCCCUUUUAUUCCAGAAGUUUGGUCCUUAAGGGGUUAAAGUCUUUCGUUAAGCUUGAUGAGCUUACUCUAAGACAAAAUGUUACUAGUUAUUGUGGGAUCACAAUAAAUUUUUAUUUAAAAAAAAAUAAAAACAUUUAUUACUGUGGCGUACUCGACCUUCCUUUCGCAGUGACAUUUUCAAGAAUCUUCUCUUUCGUUCUUUUAAUCUAUCCACUAAUGCAAAUGUUGGAAUAAAAAUAAGUCUCACAGAAGGAAUGUUAUUGAUGAAUUUUGAUUUAGCCUUCACUGGAUUUAGCAUUGUUAAAAGAUUUUAUCCUGUGUCCUUUUUAUAGGUCUUUCGUUCUGAUCUGACUGUCCACUUACCUUUUAAAUAUUUCUAUUAAAAAAAUAAAACACUACAAACACACCAUAUUCGUAAAUACUUUAGCCCUUUCCCACUUAUAUAGAGUAUACACCAGAGUGUGAAUUUACAAAAAUUCUAAGUAAAUCUCAUAUUUUAGGUCUAAACGGCUAAAUAACACAUUGGUGACUUGGAGGAUUUUCCACUGUGGCCAAAAGUUUAAAAUUUGAAACAUACUGGACAUUUUACAUCUUGGUUUUCAUAAGCGUUAUUUGUGGGUAGGUUUAGGGGCUUAAGCUUCAGAUCUCCUCACGUGGCAAAAUAGUAUUGUUUUUAUCAAAGUAGUUAAUCAAAGUGUGUGUGUGUGUGUGUACACAAAAUGCUAACAAAAUACAUUUUUAACCACAAAAUUUGACAUAACGUGCUGACAUUUUUCAUCAGUUUAAGGCAUAAUAUACAUCAUAUGAGUUACACUGGGGUAUCUAAUUUUGCAAAUGGUAGGCCUUUGAGGAGUAAUUUGAAUAGUCAAACAGCUACAACGACAUAAAAUGAGACAUAGGCCGAUCAGAUCCAUCUAUCAAAAUUCUAACUGUAAAGACUGAAAUAGUCAGGUCUAUUGUAUGGUGCUGUAACUUUACAGGAUAGUGGCAAAUGCAUACAUUGGGGGUAUGGUUGUACUAAGAAGAUAUAGCUCAAUACAGUACAGACACUUCUCACUUACGGACAGAGUUCCGUUCCUAUGACUCGAUCAUAAAAGGAAUUUGGUUGGUAAGUGAGGAUGCACUAGAGAGAAAGUCUAUGUUUGGGGAAAUUCCCCCAAACAUAGUGAACUGGUCUAUGAUCAGGUGAAAUUCCCCUAACCUAGACUAGCUCUCUAACAUGGGGAAUCCCUCAAAUAUAUGUUUGGGAGAAUUCCCAAGACUCAGAUUCAGGGGAUUCUCUGCGCUAGAGAGCUGGUCGUAUGUCCGAGCAGUCGUUAAACAGGUAAGUCGCUAAGUGAGGACUACCUGUAUGGGGUUUUGUACAGUAGUAGCACACUUCAGACUUUGUUAAAUGUGUGUGUGUGUUAAAAAUCAGAAAAAAAAUACUAAAAUAUUUAGCAGAGAUUGGCAGUUACAUGACUUUAUAAAAGUGUCUACAUACCCAUCUGGAAAUAGCCUGUUAUGUCUACUUUAUAUAAUUACUUUUGGUUAAUGGAUUUUUUUUUCUGUGAUGGCUACUAAGCUUAAAGACAAAUAUAGCAAAUUUUAAAAACUCUCCACUUUUAAAUGUUAUUUUACUCCUUGUAUUGUGUGACAUGUAACUACCAAAAAUAAACUAUAAUCCUAGACAUAUUAUGUACUCUGUAAAUCAGGACAAAUAAAUGAAUUCAUUUUAAAUACUUUUCCUAAUUGCUUUGGUCCAAAAUUGCUUUGGACCCUAAAUGAAAACAAAUAAAUGUAGCUUGGUCCAUAAGGGGUUACUGUAACUUAUUUAUUUAUACAUUCUAUCACUUAUUAUAUAUUACUCUUCAUUUCUCUCUCAGGAUGAUUCAGGCACAGAGAAGGAAAAUGCAUCUGUUCUGCAACAGAAUUCACUUAAGGGGGGAGAGGAUACACUAAUAGAUAAUCCCUACCUGCGGCCGGUGAAAAAACCCAAAUUGAGGCGCAAGAAGUAAAGUCAUGGAAUGAAAUCUCACUUGCUUGGACAAUGAAGUGACUUGCUGGGAGGAAGGUCCUCACCCAUCACACCACUUGAAACUUUGGUGGACAGCUAAUGAAUAUUGAAUGUUUAUAUUUUAAGGAUGGCCACAUUGUGCUGCAGUGGGAACUGAGCUAUACAUAUGACUGCAGUUGAAGCCAUGUAUAAUUUGAACAUCCAGGUUGAAGACUUUUAAUGUUGUUGCCUCUUUGGAACAUACCCCAGACAUUAUCAUAAUUAUCUUUCUCCCUGUGGGAAGAUCCUCAUGUUUGUUUUCAUUAUUUGUCCUGGGACCAGGGCACAAUGUGUAUCAUCAUGAAUUUCAUAAUAAAAAAAACAAAACACUUUUUAUCUA